CCAGAAGCAAGAUCUUAGGUCUGCAUGUUCCUGAGCGGAUUAUUUUCUCUGUUGUCUGUAGACCUACGCCGGCAACAAUGGGUGAUGCUCUCAUGGCUGAGUUUGGGAAGGCGGCUGCUUUCCUGAGAAAGUCAGACAAAGAGCGACUUGAAUCCCAGACCAGGGCCUUUGAUAUCAAAAUAGAGUGCUUCGUCAUUGAUGACAAGGUGGAAUAUGUCAAAGGGCAGAUUGUCAGCAAGGAGGGCGGUAAAACUACAGUGAAGAAAGAAGACGGGACAACUGUGACAGUCAAGGAAUCCGACGUCCAUCCCCAGAACCCACCGAAAUUCGAUAAAAUCGAAGACAUGGCCAUGUUCACCUUCCUCCAUGAGCCUGCUGUGCUGUUUAACCUCAAAGAGCGUUAUGCUGCAUGGAUGAUCUACACCUAUUCCGGGCUCUUCUGUGUGACAGUGAACCCCUACAAGUGGCUCCCUGUCUAUGACACCGAAGUGGUGGUUGCCUACAGAGGUAAAAAGAGAACGGAGGCUCCACCUCACAUAUUCUCCAUCUCUGAUAAUGCCUACCAGUACAUGCUCACUGACAGGGAGAACCAGUCUGUUCUUAUCACCGGAGAAUCCGGUGCUGGAAAGACUGUCAACACCAAAAGAGUUAUUCAGUACUUGGCCAGCAUUGCAGCAGUUCCUGGAGCCAAGAGAGAUCCCAGCAAGGGAACCUUGGAGGAUCAAAUCAUUCAGGCUAACCCUGCCUUGGAGGCUUUUGGUAAUGCCAAAACAUUGAGGAAUGACAACUCGUCACGAUUUGGAAAAUUUAUCCGGAUUCACUUCGGAACCAGUGGCAAGCUGGCCUCAGCUGACAUAGAGACUUAUCUUUUGGAAAAGUCACGUGUCACCUUCCAACUCAAGUCGGAAAGGAAUUACCAUAUCUUCUUUCAGAUCUUGUCCAAUAAAAAGCCAGAGCUGUUGGACAUGCUUCUGAUUACCAACAACCCAUAUGACUACUCGUACAUCUCCCAAGGAGAGGUAACAGUAGCAUCUAUCAAUGAUGCUGAUGAGUUGAUGGCCACUGACAGUGCCUUUGAUAUCCUUGGCUUUACUCAAGAGGAGAAAAUGGGGGUCUACAAGUUGACAGGAGCUAUCAUGCAUUUUGGCAACAUGAAGUUCAAGCAAAAGCAGCGUGAGGAGCAGGCAGAGCCUGACGGCACUGAGGCGGCUGACAAGUCAGCUUACCUAAUGGGGCUGAACUCUGCAGAUCUUGUGAAAGGACUCUGCCAUCCCAGGGUCAAGGUUGGCAAUGAGUAUGUCACCAAAGGGCAGGGUGUAGAUCAAGUCUACUACUCUCUAGGUGCAUUGGCCAAGUCAGUGUAUGAGAAGAUGUUUAACUGGAUGGUGGUGAGAAUAAACCACUCCCUUGACACAAAACAGCAUCGCCAGCAAUUCAUUGGAGUGCUGGAUAUUGCUGGAUUCGAGAUCUUUGACUUCAACACCUUUGAGCAACUCUGCAUCAACUUCACAAAUGAGAGACUGCAACAGUUUUUCAAUCAUCACAUGUUUGUUCUGGAGCAAGAGGAAUACAAGAAAGAGGGGAUUGAUUGGGAGUUCAUUGACUUCGGGAUGGAUCUGCAAGCUUGCAUUGAUCUCAUUGAAAAGCCACUAGGUAUCAUGUCCAUUCUGGAGGAAGAGUGUAUGUUUCCCAAGGCCAGCGACCAGACCUUCAAGGCUAAGCUCUAUGAUAAUCAUUUGGGCAAGAACAGAAUGUUUGAGAAACCACGUGCAGCAAAAGGGAAAGCAGAGGCACACUUCGCCCUGGUCCACUAUGCUGGCACUGUUGAUUACAACAUAACCAACUGGUUGGUGAAGAAUAAGGAUCCACUGAAUGAAACGGUGGUUGGGCUUUUCCAAAAAUCUUCCAUAAAGCUUUUAAGCCUGCUCUUCUCUAGCUACGCAGCUGAAGCGGGGGCUGACAAGGGGAAAGGAGCCAAAAAGAAGGGAUCCUCCUUCCAGACUGUAUCUGCGUUGCACAGGGAAAAUCUGAACAAGCUGAUGAACACUCUGAAGACCACUCAUCCACACUUUGUGCGUUGUUUGAUCCCAAAUGAGAGUAAAACACCAGGCAUCAUGGACAACUGCUUGGUGAUGCACCAGCUUCGCUGUAAUGGUGUGCUGGAGGGUAUUCGAAUUUGUAGAAAGGGCUUCCCAAAUCGAGUCCUGUAUGGCGAUUUCAAACAGAGAUACAGAAUCUUGAAUGCAUCUGCCAUUCCUGAGGGUCAGUUCAUCGACUGUAAAAAGAGCGCUGAAAAGCUGCUGGGAUCAUUGGAUAUUGACCACACCCAGUACAGGUUUGGCAACACCAAGGUCUUCUUCAAAGCAGGUCUUCUGGGUACACUUGAGGAGAUGCGGGAUGAGCAACUUUCUCGCAUCAUCACUAUGAUCCAGGCUAACUCCAGGGCUCUGCUAAUGAGGGCAGAGUACCAAAAGCUUGUGGAGCGCAGGGAUGCCCUAAUGGUCAUCCAGUGGAAUCUUCGUUCCUUCCUGGGGGUUAAGAACUGGCCCUGGAUGAUGUUAUUCUUCAAGAUCAAACCACUGCUGAAGAGUGCUGAAUCUGAAAAAGAGAUGGCAAACAUAAAAGAUGAGUUUGGAAAACUUAAAGAGGCACUGGAAAAAUCUGAAGCGAGACGGAAGGAGCUAGAGGAAAAAAUGGUGACGAUUCUCCAAGAGAAGAAUGACCUGCUGCUAGAAGUCCAGUCUGAACAGGAUACCUUAACAGAUGCUGAAGAGCGCUGUGAACAACUUAUUAAGAGUAAGAUACAACUGGAGGGCAAAGUGAAAGAGAUGACAGAACGAAUGGAAGACGAAGAGGAAAUGACUGCAGACCUCACAGCCAAGAAACGUAAGCUAGAGGAUGAGUGCUCAGAGUUGAAGAAAGAUAUAGAUGACCUGGAGCUAACAUUAGCCAAAGUGGAGAAAGAGAAACAUGCGACAGAAAACAAGGUCAAAAACCUCACCGAAGAGAUGGCAUCCCAAGAUGAAAACUUAAUGAAGUUGACGAAAGAGAAGAGGGCAUUACAGGAGGCUCAUCAGCAGGCACUCGAUGACCUUCAAAGUGAAGAGGACAAAGCCAACACUUUGACCAAAGCAAAAGCUAAGCUUGAGCAACAGGUAGAUGAUCUGGAAGGUUCUCUGGAACAGGAAAAGAAAAUCAGAAUGGAACUGGAGCGCUCAAAGAGGAAGCUUGAGGGAGACCUGAAACUAACCCAAGAGAGUGUGAUGGAUUUUGAGAAUGACAAACAGCAACUGGAAGAAAAACUCAAAAAGAAAGACUUUGAAGUCAAUCAGUUGAAUGGAAAGUUUGAGGAUGAGAUAGUGUCAGGUGUUCAACUCCAAAAAAGGCUGAAGGAAAACCAAGCACGUAUAGAGGAGCUUGAGGAGGAGUUGGAUGCUGAGCGGGCAGCCCGAGCAAAAGUGGAGAAGCAAAGGUCUGAUCUCUCCCGAGAGCUAGAGGACAUCAGUGAGCGUUUGGAAGAGGCAGGGGGAGCCACAUCUGCUCAGGUAGAGCUCAACAAGAAAAGGGACGCUGAAUUUCACAAGCUUCGCAGGGACUUGGAGGAGUCCACUCUGCAGCAUGAGGCCACUGCUGCAUCCUUGAGGAAGAAGCAUGCUGACAGCGUGGCUGAAUUGGGAGAGCAACUUGACAAUCUCCAGCGUGUCAAGCAGAAGCUUGAGAAAGAGAAGAGUGAAUUCAAGCUGGAGUUGGAUGACAUGUCAUCGAACAUGGAGAGUGUGGUGAAAGCAAAAGCCAACAUGGAGAAGAUGUGCCGUUCAAUGGAAGACAACAUGAAUGAGUACAAGUGCAAGUAUGAGGAGACUCAAAGAUCCCUCAAUGACUUCUCGACACAGAGGGCCAAGCUCCUUACAGAAAAUGGAGAACUUGGACGCCAACUGGAGGAAAAGGAAUGUCUGAUCUCUCAACUCACCAGGGGGAAAAGCUCCAACACCCAACAACUCGAGGACCUGCGCAGACAACAUGAAGAGGAGGUCAAAGCAAAGAAUGCACUUGCCCAUGCUGUGCAGUCUUCUCGCCAUGACUGUGAUCUGCUCAGAGAGCAGUUUGAAGAGGAACAAGAAGCAAAGGCAGAACUCCAAAGGGCACUGUCCAAGGCAAACACAGAAGUAUCCACAUGGAGAGCAAAGUAUGAGACUGAUGGAAUUCAGAGAACUGAAGAGCUGGAAGAGGCUAAAAAGAAACUGGUUCAAAGGCUGCAAGAGGCAGAAGAGGCAGUUGAAGUUGUGAAUGCAAAGUGUUCCUCCCUUGAAAAGACCAAGCAUCGCCUCCAAAAUGAGAUUGAGGACCUGAUGUUGGACCUUGAGAGAUCUAAUGCAGCGUCUGCAGCCCUGGACAAGAAACAGAGAGUAUUUGAUAAAGUCAUGGCUGAAUGGAAGCAGAAGUUUGAAGAAUCACAGUGUGAACUUGAGGCGUCCCAAAAGGAGGCUCGAUCUCUAAGCACCGAACUCUUCAAACUGAAGAAUGCUUAUGAGGAAUCGCUGGACCAUCUUGAGACAACAAAAAGAGAAAACAAGAACCUGCAAGAAGAGAUCUCUGAUCUCACCGACCAGCUUGGAGAAGGGGGGAAAAGUGCCCAUGAAUUGGAGAAGUUGCGGAAACAGCUAGAACAAGAGAAAGCGGAGCUCCAGUCAGCUCUGGAGGAGGCAGAGGGCUCAUUGGAACAUGAGGAGAGCAAGAUCCUUCGGGCACAGAUGGAAUCCAACCAAGUUAAAGCAGAUCUUGAACGAAAGUUGGCUGAGAAGGAUGAGGAAAUGGAUCAGGCCAAGAAAAACUAUCAACGGAUGAUAGAGUCCCUGCAGAGCUCUCUCGAGUCUGAGACCAGAAGCCGUAACGAGGCCAUGAGAGUCAAGAAAAAGAUGGAAGGUGAUCUCAAUGAAAUGGAGAUUCAGCUUAGCCAAUCUAACCGGCAGGCGGCCGACGCACAAAAGCAGCUCAAGAGCUUCCAGUCCUAUUUGAAGGACACUCAGCUGCAGCUGGAUGAUGUCACGCAUUGCAAUGAUGACCUUAAGGAGAAUAUUGCUCUACUGGAGCGCAGACACAACCUGACACAGGCAGAGCUGGAGGAAGUGCGGGCCGUUCUCGAGCAGACAGAACGUGGGCGCAAGCUGGCUGAGCAGGAACUAACUGAUGCCACAGAGCGCAUGCAACUCCUGCACUCCCAGAAUACCAGCCUCAUAAACCAGAAGAAGAAGCAAGAGACCGAUCUUCUCCACCUGCAGAGUGAGGUUGAGGAGGCCAUUCAGGAGAACCGCAAUGCUGAGGAGAAAGCGAAGAAGGCUAUCACUGAUGCUGCCAUGAUGGCUGAGGAACUGAAGAAGGAGCAGGAUACCAGCGCCCAUCUGGAACGCAUGAAGAAGAACAUGGAGCAAACGAUCAAAGACCUUCAGCAUCGGCUGGAUGAGGCAGAGCAGAUUGCCAUGAAAGGUGGUAAAAAGCAGGUUCAGAAGCUUGAAGGCCGCAUCAGAGAGCUGGAGAAUGAGCUAGAGGCAGAGCAGAAAAGGGGCGGAGAGUCCUUCAAGGGGGUGCGCAAGUAUGAGCGGCGCAUCAAGGAGCUUACCUACCAGACAGAGGAGGACCGCAAGAACAUGGCUCGUCUCCAGGACCUGAUUGACAAGCUGCAGCUGAAGGUUAAGUCCUACAAGCGCUCCACUGAAGAGGCUGAGGAGCUGGCCAACACCAACAUGGCCAAGAUCCGGAAAAUUCAGCAUGAGCUUGAAGAGGCUGAAGAGCGAGCAGAUAUUGCUGAAUCCCAAGUAAACAAGCUGAAGGCCAAGACCAGGGAUGGGCCUGGCAAAAAGGGCCUUGAAGAGUGAGUAGGACAUAAAGCCACAGUGUCACAAGUGUGUUGCUUAGAGCAUUAGCUUUACUUUCUCACAAUGACACAGUAGAUAACCAUGUAUAACUCUUGUAGAAAUGUCCUGCAAUAAAUAAUCAUGAAUGGAUAUUGCCAAUUAAUACCCAAGUCUAAAUGUCCCAAAAAGUAUUGUAAAAUCAUCAGUUACCUUUUCCACAGAUCUUUUCCCCCUCAGAGUGACAUUUGAAUCCUACAGUAGUGCCUUGGUUAUAUGUAUUGAUUUUGGUUAAACAAAACAUUUGACUGUGCUUAUUUUAUUGUCAUAUUCAUGUAUGUGCCAAUGCUACUUUGCAAUAGCAAACACGUUUAUGGUUUGAUAGUGGUCAAGGUGCUAUGAGCAAAUUAGUAAAUAAAUAAAUAAUUCCCUAUAACAUUAUAACAGUCACAAGCAGGUUUUUGACGAUUUGAUGACAGCAAAGCUGUUCUCCUAUUGAUCCUUGAUUACUCUGACAGAAAUGAACCUUCUUUGCUAUAAAGGCAUGUGAUUCAAAUGUGUCCAUUAUGACAUUAAUAAUUCCAGUUGUUAACUGAAAUAUUGCUUAUGAAUACUUGCUAAGUUCCCUGCUAGUGAAAUGAGUAGUACUAUACUGCUUAGAAAAUAAAGCACAGCUCAGCACAGACUGCUUCUGAUUCAUUGCUUAUUCAUUGCUUUUAAUUAAUGUGUCUUCUGUUUCUCUGAAGAUU